AGCCGCACUUAUCUGCUCAUUCUCCUCCUGUCAUUCCGCCUUCUAUCUUUGAUCAUUGUCCCACCGCGCUCAGCCCAAACCCUCACUCACCACCUAUUUUCAGCAUCUCUUUCUACUGCCCAACUCAUCAGAGGAGCUAAACUCCCGUGGAAUCUUUCAUUUGGAGUUCCUCGACUGCCGCACUUUUUUCCGCAGGAGUGGUUUUUAUACUUUGAACUUACUCUUCUUCCCCUAGGUGACCAUGGCCGUACCGGCUGCUUUGAUCCAGCCAAUCCCUCUGGUCCAGACGCCUUCGAUCUCCACUCCUUCCGCGACCACGUCCCCGCCGUCAACAACUUCUUCCCCGUCUCCCUCCGUGGGCCCAUCCGGCCAGAACCUGUUCCGCUCGGAGCUCCUCGCCAACAGUAGCCCCGGCAUCUCGACCCCGACCGGGACUCUGCCCAGCAAGCCAGUCUACUCGACCCCGUCGCCUGUUGAAAACACCCCGCAGAACAACGAGUGUAAAAUGGUAGAACUGCGGGGGGCGAAGGUGGCGUCUUUCACCGUGGACGGCUGUGAACUCAUCUGCCUGCCACAGGCGUUCGAUCUGUUUCUGAAGCACCUGGUCGGAGGACUGCACACCGUGUACACCAAGCUGAAGAGACUGGAGAUCACACCGGUGGUGUGCAAUGUGGAGCAGGUCCGCAUCCUGCGAGGUCUCGGGGCCAUCCAGCCAGGAGUCAAUCGCUGCAAACUCAUCUCCAGAAAAGACUUCGAGACUUUGUACAAUGACUGCACCAAUGCCAGCUCCAGACCAGGCAGACCUCCAAAGAGGACCCAGAGUGUGACAUCCUCAGAGAACCCACACAUCAUGCCUCACUCUGUCCCUGGCCUCAUGUCUCCUGGAACCUUCCCAUCCUCAGGGCUGACAGCGGCAGCGGCGGCAGCUGCCAACGCGGCCAUUGCCGAAGCCAUGAAGGUGAAGAAGAUCAAGCUGGAGGUGAUGAGCGGCUACCACAGCAACGCCAACCAGCAUGGGGCAGACGGUGAGAACGGAGACGUCAGCUCCAGUGUGGGUUUGGAACUGCCCUUCAUGAUGAUGCCCCACCCCCUGAUCCCGUGCAGCUUGCCCCCUGCUUCUGUCACCAUGGCAAUGAGUCAGAUGAACCACCUCAGCACCAUCGCCAACAUGGCCGCCGUCGCACAGCAGCAGAGCCUGCCCUGCAGAAUGGUCACCUCAGUUAUCAAGGAGCGUGUCCCAGACAGUCCCUCCCCCACCCCUUCCUUAGAGGACGGCAGGAGGCCCGGCAGCCACCCGUCGUCCCACCGCAGCAGCAGUGUCUCCAGCUCACCGGCCCACACAGAGAGCUCCUCAGACAGGAUACGUACGUCCCCCUAUUCCCUCCCCAUGCAACGAGUCAGACUGGCUAACUGCGUGUUCAGUUCCGCAACCAUACAUCAGAAUGGUCUUUCUAUGAACCAAAUGAACCAAGCUCUGCUGGGCCUCUCUCCUAGCAUUCUGCCUGGGCCUAAAGAAGGAGACCUGGCCCACGACAUGAGUCACGAAGCAAAGAGGAUGCACAUUCACAAAGACGACAAUCCAACGUGCACACCGACUGCGAGAGACAGCUACGAGAGGCUGUCAUUGACUGGACAGGGUCUACCACCUGGCUUCCCUUCGCCAUUCCUGUUCCCAGACGGCCUGUCAUCAAUAGAGACUCUUCUCACUAACAUACAGGGCCUGCUGAAGGUUGCGAUUGACAACGCACGGGCCCAAGAGAAGCAGGUGCAGCUGGAGAAGACGGAGCUAAAGAUGGAGCUGUUCAGGGAAAGAGAGCUCCGGGAGACCCUGGAGAAACAGCUCGCUAUCGAACAGAAGAACAGAGCAAUAAUACAGAAGCGCUUGAAGAAGGAGAAGAAGGCAAAGAGGAAACUUCAGGAGGUUCUGGAGUACGAGUCCAAGAGGAGGGAGCAGGCUGAGCAGUCCCUCAAACAGCCCUCACCCUCAGAAGGCCUGCGCUCACUCAAUGACUCACUGACCCCAGAGACGGAGAGUGACCGCAGUGCUGGAAGAACAGAUGCUGAGAGGACAAUACAAGAUGGAAGACUGUUCUUGAAAACCACAGUGAUGUACUGAUAAGAAGAUGAUGAGGAGAGCUGAAGGGGAAAACAAUCCCAUGAAGAUACUCAAGAGCCCUUAUCCAGGCAGAUUUAGUAGCAGAAACUAGUCUCGCUGCGUUUACUGUAGCAGUUCAAUGGAAGUGUGUUUGGCCAAACGCCGAAGAAGGGUUGUGUCUGAAUGUAGAAUUAGAAUACUUUUUCUUACAGAUAUCAACAUAAUAUAGUAGCUAAAGCAGGUUUUGAUGCAUUGAGGUGGGUUGUUUUCUAAGUAUAAACACAUUUUUAGCACAGUAAAUAAUUACCAAGGGGUACACUGUUGGUAAUAUCUCAGAUAAAUUCUCAGCACUGAAGAUUUUUUAUACUGUAUUUCAACCAGCGAGAAAGCUUUGAACAUGGUCAGACUCAGAGGUUUUGUUUUGUAUUUCAAGUUUAAUUCCAAAAUAUAAAGCUUGGAAAGAACCUGUGAAGAAAUGUAUAAUUUAUCCGUAUGUUGAUCAAAGGAGGCGACUGAGAUUUGAUUUGAAUGUUUUCUAAAUAGAAGAAAAUACAAUCAAGUUUCCUUUUUACUAUUGUUGUAUAUACCAGAACUGAUGAUAAUGAUAGGAUAACUCACUCUAUCAAUAUGGUAUAUGUAUAAAGUUAAGAGGUGGUAUUGGGUAUGCAGUAGAUCUAUUAGGAAGACAAUACUGACAUUUAUAUGAAUUUAUAGUUUGUUUUUGUUUCAUUUCUGAGCCAUCAUUCUUUAAAAUACCUGCCAUUUUGGUGAGAAAGCAUGCAGGCAUGUAAAUGUUUGUCCUGGAAUUAUGAUAUUUAAAUCCUAUAUUGUGCUGAACAAAUACGUAGGGUUGAUUCACUUUAGCCCAACUGAUUUUGAAAAUGUACACCUCAAACAUUUUGCUUUCCAAUAACAACUUUUGCUGUCAAUAGUAACCCUUUGCAACAGGUAAUACUGUUUUUUAUUUGAACACUUUUUUAAAGAUAGUUUCCCAGACACCUUUGUUCCUAAUGUGUGGCUAUUAACAUGUUACAUGGACUGUUGGUAAUCACAUAUUAUCACUUGGUAACGAAUCUCCUCUUUCAAGACAAUUUAUUCAGAAUUCACAUACAGAUAGAUAUAGGAUCUUAAUUUGACCAGUUUCCCACAGCAGGACAAUAAUCCUGCAGAUAAAGGAAAUGUGAAUUAUUAUGUGGAUUAUAAUGAAUUGACAUUUUUGUAUGGGGUUGAUCCAUUUUUUGUUUGUGCAAAUCAAGUCCAACAUUUUAAAGUUUUAAACUAUUUCAUGCCAUGCAGGACAUGUCCUGCAACAACAGGGUGAUCAAAUUAAGAUCCUACAUGUGUACAGACAAUGGACCAGCUAGAAUGACUAUCGAAAACAAUUAACCAACCCUCUCCGUUGUAGAAUAUUGGUAUGAAAACUCAAGCAAAGUUCCCUCACAAAAUCAGUGAUGUACAGUAUUUUAAUGCAAUCAUGAUGCAGCAAAAAGAAGACAUUUUACUUUAUGGAGAGAUGUGCUUCAUUUGUAUUCAAGCUGAAGGUUGAAUAGUUUUGCACAUCAGGUGAGUCAACUCUUAUGCAGUAUGUAAAAGUUAAUUCCAGAGACAGGAGCUGAUUUCUGUCAUGUACUGUAACAGGAACAGGCUAUGGGUUUGAAAAAAUGUUGGGAAAAGAGUGUCUGUCCCAUGUUCACACUUUAUUUUACUUUGAAAGUUUGUUGCGAUGUUUAUUGUUGACCUGUCGCUAAUAACUUACAUAUAGCUACACAUAGCACACUUCAUUGUACUUCAACUUUAAAUAAACUUCAAAUGUUGAUGAUAA